AUGCUGGCUGUAUUCCAGGAAAUCAGCAAAUUCCGACAUGGUCUUGCCGCCCUGCUGAAAUACGACUGGGUACCGGUGCCACUUGUUUAUCCUCAAGUUAUUUUUCUUGCUGUUCGUGUUUAUUUUGUGAUCUGCUUAUUUGGAAGGCAAUUCAUUGUAACGGGAGGUAAUCCUAGUGGGGUACGUUUUAUAACAUUACUAUGGAAUACCUGUGUUGCUCCUAUUGAAUUAAAAAGUCUGUAUGUACUCUUUCUUUGA